UCAUUCAGAAUUCUGUGAAUAUAUAGUUUCACAGACAUAUUGUUUGCAUUUUUUUCCAGUUUGUGUGAAAUUGUUACUAAUAAUAUAAAACCAGUCUGCACACCACCAAGGUGAAUUGGUUUAGUAUUGACUCCUGGUUGACAGUGUUGGGGGAUCGGUAAUGUAUUGAUGCUCGAGUGCCAAAUCAACACAAAUGGAUAAGAAAAGGUCUAAGCCAUCAGGUGCCCAGUUUAGGAAAAAGAGGAAAGAAGAAGAGGAGAAACGCGCAAAAGAUUAAGGGGCACUAAUGAAACAUUUUGGAGCACCCUCUGGCACUGACCAGGACGAGGCGCCAUCUACCUCCUCAGCCACACAGGCCUCUUCAGAAAUGAUCUCGGAGCCUCAGGAUGAGGAACCAUCACCUCCUCAGCCACACAGGUGUCGUCACAAAUGUUGUCUGAGCCUGAGGAUGAAGAUGAAGACCCAUUUGCUUCCACUUCUCCCCAGCAGGAUUCUUCAGAAAUGCCUGUAGCAGCAUCCCCACUAAAUCCUGAUGCUGAGGAUGAACCACUGUCUACAGACCCUGCUGCUGAGGAUGAACCACUGUCUACAGACCCUGCUGCUGAGGAUGAACCACUGUCUACAGACCCUGCUGCUGAGGAUGAACCAUUGUCUACAGACCCUGCUGCUGAGGAUGAAUCACUGUCUAUAGACCCUGAGCUGAGGGUGAACCACUGUCUACAGACCCUGCUGCUGAGGAUGAACCACUGUCUACAGACCCUGCUGCUGAGGAUGAACCACUGUCUACAGACCCUGCUGCUGAGGAUGAAUCACUGUAGCAAGAGGUUCCGCCUCGCCUCUAAUCUCAAAACGUGCCAGCAGCCAGCAAAUUCCUCCUGCAGACAGGCUGGCUCAUCAGGUGGGGAGCCCUGGAUGUGUGAGCGGAGUAGGAAUCAACCACAGGGCUCACCACAGGAAUCAACCACAGGGCUCACCACAGGAAUCAACCACAGGGCUCACCACAGGAAUCACCACAAGAAUCAACCACAGGGCUCACAACAGGAAUCAACCACAGGGCUCACCACAGGAAUCAACCACAGGGCUCACUAG